ACCCUAUUUGAAACCCCGAGUUUCAUCGUCUACUUAUCUCUAAAUUAAACAAAUCCCACCAAAACAGAAGCAAAGCUUCGAAGAAAAAUGGAGAUUAAAAGUGAAACCAAUGAAGGCAACUCAAAGAGGAUCCAAGUCAGAUUUGUAACGAAGCUAAAAGCUCCAUAUAAAGUUCCCAAUACAGCCAUUGCAAUCCCUUCGCACUUCCAUCGCUUAGGCCUUUCCUCCAUUGUUAACAAGUUUCUUCAAGCUGUGAAUUCUGAGUGGAAAACCGAGCCCUUUGAUUUCCUGAUCGACGGAGAGCUUGUGCGGAUGCCUCUUGAGGAGUUUCUUCUUGCCAAGGGCAUUUCUGCGGUGCCUAAAGAAAUUGAAUACAUAAGAACUGUUGCCCCUCGAAAAGAGGCAGAGGCUUCUCCACAUGAUGAUUGGGUCAGUGCAGUGGAUGGUUCUAGUCCUAGCUUCAUUUUGACUGUUAUCUGUUCUUUUCUUUUUGUUGCUUUAUGGACUUCAGUGACAGAAAUUGUGUAUAUGUUUCUUUUAACAUUUGGAAAGGAGCGGCAUGGUGUACAUCAACUCAGAAGGGGCAGGAAGUGCUACAGUAGUCACUGCUUCAAAGAUCGAACUCUGAGGCUGUGGAAGUUUCAUACCGAGGACUCUAGUGACCAUCCAGCAAAGAUAAGAGCAUUCAAGAUAUUGCGUGGGCAUAAUGCAUCUGUACAAAGCAUUGCUGCAAAGACUUCGGGAGACAUGAUUUACUCGGGUUCUUGGGAUUGCACCAUCAAUUUAUGGCGUACAAAUGACUCUGAUAUAGAUGGGGAUACGGUGGCAAUCAAAAAAAGGAAAGUGAAUAAUAAAGUUGAAGAACUUCAAUCAGAGGGAGAGGCAGUGUUUGCACUCGUGGGCCAUACACAGUGCAUCUCUUGUGUGAGUUGGCCUCAUCAUGAAACCAUUUACUCUGCAUCAUGGGAUCACUCUGUUAGAAAAUGGGAUGUUGAGACGGGCAAAGAUCUGUAUGAUAUAGUAUGUAUAUCUCUCCCUCUAUAUAUUUAUGGUUAUUGAACUCACUAUGUUUCA